CGGCCUCGUCCAAUCGGCGUGCGGGCUGUGGGAGUCGCAGCGGUUCCCGCCAAAUACGAGCGCGGCGGCCGCGGCAGUAGCGGCGCGGGCGGGAGGGCGAGCAGCAGCGGCCGCCGGAGUGGAGCCGGCGCCUCCGCCGCCCGAGGGGAGCUCGAGCCGCCGUGGGGCGAUGUUGGAACAGCUGGACUGCGGGGCGCCGGCCGCCAGGGGAGUGGUCGCAGCCAUGGAUUGCAGAGACAGACCGGUCAAGAAGUUAAUACAAGCUCGUCUGCCCUUCAAGCGCCUAUCUCUUGCCCCAAAGGAGAAAACCGAGGAUGGGUCAGACGACACAAGAAGCUCUUUGGGUGCUCCUGCGCAAAGUGAAGUCCCCAAUGUAGAAACCUCUUUGGACAACUUGGAGAACAACUUUCAUAUGGGUUCUAACAUAGAUUUUAGGCCAAAACUUGUCAAUGGGAAGGGUCCUUUAGAUAACUUUUUAAGAAAUAGAGUCAAAACCAAUACUGAUCAGACUACGGUCAUCAUUGAUUUGACGGGGGACUCAGGUAACCAACCAGACACCAUUGUGGCCCAUAGUAAACGAAAUUCUGCAGCCUCUCCCUCCACAGAGGCUGUAAAUGGGCUCAGAGAAGAAGUUGGAUAUGAAAAGGGGCUGCUGCAGGCCAAUCAGAAGGACGAGCUGGCAUUUCCUGAAGAGACCCUUUCAGACAUUCUGUGCAAAACAGAGGAGGAGGGUGCUGGCUCAGGGGGCACAGAGAGGAGCAGAGACGCACAGAAAGGCUUGUCCCAAAGCUGCCCCAAGCUGACAGACGGUCUGAGAAUUUGCUCUGAGAAGGACCAGGAUGGUUGGAGCGAAGCCGGGGGCAUCCUGUUCAAAGGGAAGGUGCCUGUGGUGGUCUUGCAGAAUAUUCUGGCUACAAAGCCUUCUGGAGCCCAGCCUUCUCCAACAACCCUUCUUGACCAGAGUGUACCCUCCGAGAGUGAGAUGCUGGAGUCCGGCCCUGAAGAAGACUCUGUCCUCAGCCAUUCAUCCCUGAGCUCUUCUAGCUCACCCGAGGGGCGGUCUGCUUCCAAAAAGCAACACAGCAGUCCCAGUCACUUCUCCACUUCCACACCUGUCCGCAGAAUUACUAAGAAAUUGGUCAAAGGUUCUGCUGAGAAGGACAAGAUGAGACUGCAAAGAGAUAAGGAGCGUUUGUGCAAGCAGCUGAAGUUACGGGCCGAAAAAGAGGAAAAGGAGAAGCUGAAGGAGGAGGCCAAGCGGGCCAAGGAAGAAGCCAGAAAAAAGAAGGAGGAAGAGAAGGAGCUGAAGGAGAAGGAGAGGCGUGAGAAGAGGGAGAAGGAUGAAAAGGAGAAGGCAGAGAAGCAGCGGCUCAAGGAGGAGCGGCGCAAGGAGCGGCAGGAGGCCCUGGAGGCUAAGCUGGAGGAGAAGAGAAAAAAGGAAGAAGAGAAACGGUUGAAAGAAGAAGAAAAGCGCAUUAAAGCAGAGAAAGCUGAAAUCACAAGGUUCUUCCAGAAACCAAAGACUCCACAGGCCCCCAAGACCCUGGCCGGCUCCUGCGGGAAGUUUGCCCCAUUUGAAAUUAAAGAGAACAUGGUCCUCGCCCCUCGUUACCGGACCACUUUCGACCAAGAUCUCUGUGAUCAGUUAGACCAGCUUCUGCAGCAACAGAGCGGCGACUUCUCCUUCCUGAAAGAUCUGAAAGGCCGGCAGCCCCUCAGGUCCGGACCCACUAUGGUUUCUAAUUGCAACACGGACAUUUGUAACAGUGACGUGGUGAUUGUGGAGAGCAGCAAAGUAGAUGGCGUUCCUGAAAGGAAGAAGUUUGGCAGGAUGAAGCUCCUGCAGUUCUCUGAGAAUCACCGACCGGCAUAUUGGGGAACGUGGAAUAAGAAGACAAUGGUCAUUCGGCCAAGGGACCCCUGGGCCCAAGAUAGGAAGCUCCUGGACUACGAGGUGGACAGUGAUGAUGAAUGGGAAGAGGAGGAGCCUGGAGAGUCUCUCUCCCACAGUGAAGGGGAGGAUGAUGAUGAAGUAGGAGAUGAUGAAGAUGAGGAUGAUGGUUUUUUCGUGCCCCAUGGAUACCUGUCUGAGGAUGAGGGAGUAACUGAGGAGUGUGCUGACCCCGAGAACCACAAGGUUCGCCAGAAGCUGAAGGCCAAGGAGUGGGACGAGUUUUUAGCCAAGGGGAAGAGGUUCCGUGUGCUGCAGCCCGUGAAGAUCGGCUGCGUCUGGGUGAUGGAUAAGGACGGCGGCACCGACCUGAAGGUGCUACAGCAGUUCACGGCAUGCCUUCUGGAGACGGUCCCCCCCGAAGAGGAGCAGACGCCCAAGACCUCCAAGAAAGAAAAGAGGGACCAGCACAUCUUGAUCCAGCUGCUCCCACUGCUGCACGGGAAUGUGAACGGAAGCAAAGUGAUCAUCCGGGAGUUCCAGGAGUGCUGCCGCCAAGGGCUGCUCGUCAAGGACACCGGCAGUCCCGAGAGCAGCUCCGUCAGCCCCUCGAGCCCCAGCUCUUCCCGCCCGCAGACCCCCACCGUUGGCGAGGACACUGCCGUCCCCUCUAAGGCCAGGCUCAAGCGAAUCAUUUCUGAGAACUCAGUGUAUGAGAAGAGGCCUGAUUUCAGGAUGUGCUGGUAUGUCCACCCACACGUGCUGAAGAGCUUUGACCAAGAGCACCUGCCCGUGCCGUGCCAGUGGAGUUAUGUCACCAUGGUGCCCUCGGCCACCAGGGAGGACAGUGGCAGCCUCCCCGCUGCGGGGCCCGGCCAGGGGACACCCGUGUCACUCAAGAGGAAGUCAGCGGGCAGCAUGUGCAUCACCCAGUACAUGAAAAAGCGCAGGCACGAUGGGCAGAUCACAACUGGGGACCUGGAUGGCUUCCAGGCAGACACGGAGGAGGAGGAGGAAGAGGAUGGCGACUGUGUGAUAAUGGACAUCUCAGAUGUUACGGAGGUCCAGGACACGUGUGAAACCACUUCCGGAGCUGGGGGUCCUGUGGGAAUGGACACCAGCGAGAGCCCCGCGCCCUCCAGCUCGCUCAGCACCUCCUAAGAGCCCCACUGGCUGGUGUGUGUAUGUAGAAUGGUUAGGGUUUUCUCAGAUGCUUCCCAGAUACUUGAAAGUCCUACGAUUCCUAUGUAAAGAGCACUUUGUCCUGCUUGGCAUACCCACCCCCACAAGGGUUGGAAAGUAUAUAGGAUGCUUGAUUCAUUCAUUUUGCUAUUUGUAAAAAUUUUCUUCCAAAAGCUGCAUAUUAAUCUGCCUUUUAAUAAAGCAUUAUCGUGAUGAGUUGGCCUGUACAGGGAAGCUGGGGUGUUUCGUACGGACUCUGAGCAGGUGCUGUGAUGAAAUGCUUAUAAAUGAAUUUGGAGCCCUGCCCUGCUGUGUGGCGUGGUGCCGGGACCUGACCUAGAUGUGUAUAAACUUAUUGUCUAGCCCUGACGUGGUGUGUGUGUCAUCUUUUUACAUAAUUUCUGUGAGCAGGUGUGCCUUCACCUGUGGCCCUACCCGGUGCCCUGUGCUAUGCUGUCAAGUGUCCACACCUCGUACCCCACGCGUGGUACUGUGGUGUCUGUAUCAAGUGUUCCACUUUGUAAAAGCACUGUCCCAUCUCUUAAGUCCUUGACCUCCCGGAUGACCUAGUUCAGGGUGAGGCUUCUUGGCAGGUGCACAUGUUGCAGUCCCUCCUGCUCAUUGGGAGGUGAGCAGGGUGUAUUCUGGGCCUCCGGGACCUGAAUGUUGGCUUCCAGAUGGACUCCUGGGUCAGGCCAUACCUCAGGGGUGUGGAGCCAGCUGUAGAUGCCAGAGCCCUGGUCCCGAGGCCCUGGAGUUGCCCCACAUCGGGGCAGUGAGAGCCCCCGAGGUGUCUGAGCACAUGUUGAAGGCCUCCGUGAGCUGAGGUUUUGGCAGAGUUCAUGGACUCCAUACAACCUGGACUUCCAUCUUGCUGACCCCUCAGGUUGAAGUGUUUCUGUUGCUGUUGCCCCACAGGAGACCAGCAGGCAUGUCAGUGUGCAGAACAGCUUACAUCAGCUGGAUACAGCCAGCCAGGGAGACCCGACCCCAUUGCCAUGUGGUGGCCAAGACCACCAGGCUUGCCGCUCCCACCAACACCGAUUCUCCUUCAGGGGCCCCGUAUGGGUGGGGUGACAAGUUGCAGGGUGAGGGCACAAGCCCCGGCCGAGACCUGCUGGAGGUGGGUACAGCUGUCUGAAGACGGUGUGUGUACCCAGGACAAGCAUGUGUGUUACUCCUGUGGACAUAACUACCUGUACCAGUCAAGUCCCCUUAAGCACGUUUUAGUUAGGCAUCUGACAACCAGCAGUUGCAGUCAGUGAGGGGAUGGGCCAAGGCUGUGCUGGACUCCCGACAUAUGGCAGUUAUGUGGGGAUCCUCCCCACACACCCCCCAUGUUGAGGACAGCUACUGGUGGCCCAGGUGUGAGCCAAGGGCAUGCAUGGGGACAACUUGCUGGCUGGGGGUAACAAGGGAUUUUUACUUUUAAAACCACAUUUGGGGCCUUGAAGCUUCAAGUCUGUCACCCAGCUGGCAGUAGCCACAGGAUCAGCCACCAGGUCUCCACGCGGGCGAGGAUCUAGAAGGAACUGGAGCCAAGCGUCCACCUAGGAAUGAAGGUGGGGGCUGGGGGGGAACAAUGAUCCAGGUAAAUGGCUGAGGCCCCAGGUGUGGGCAUCUCCCAGCCAGGUGUGACCAGGGGUGAGUGCCUUUGAUGCUCCAGGCCUUCGUUUCCUGUAGUUCCCCGUGAAUGCUAUACCAUCACGAACAGUGGCUUCAAACAACACCAACUUGUUAUAGUUCUGGGUGUCAGAUCUGACAUGGGCCUCACUGCAUUAAAAUCCAGAUGUGGGCAAGGCUGGUUCCUUCUGGAAGCUACAGGGGAGUCCAUUUCCGUGCCUUUUCCAGCAUCUAGAGGCCACUGCAUUCCUUGGCUCAUGGCCCCUUCCUCCAUCUUUAAAACCUGCAGCGAAGCAUCUUUCCAUCUCUUCUGCCUCCUCCUUCCACAAGAACCCAUGAUGACACUGGACCCAUCUGGAAAACCCAGGACAAUCUCCCAUUUCAGGAUCCUUAAUCACACGCAAAGUCUGUUUUGUCACAUAAAGUAACAUUCACAGGUUCCAGAGAUAAAGACAUGGACAUCUGUGGGAACUUGUUCUGUAGGGCCUGAGGCACUGGCCCCCAGCCUCAGGUCCCUGGGGCUCCCUCCCUCAGCAGGGUGGGCUUGUCCACUGGGCGACUGCAGCUGCUGACCUGCUUUCCACCGCAUGGCUGGAAUUCAUCACAGGAGACUAGUCAAACAGCCUGUUUGAGUUCAGUAUUUGGUAUUUAGAGUUUUGUCUCCCUUAUGCUACUAUUACCAGCAACCCCACAGGGAAGCCUCGGGGCCAGCUGUGAUGCGUGGGCCCGUGCUGCAGGACCGCUGUCCUGCCCAGGGCGGUGCCCAUCCAUAGUGCUUGGGGUUCCAUUAAACAGGUUAACAGCAGCAGAACACUUAGACCCAGUGCUACCAAGGCGAGCACAGCAGCUGUUCCCUGAAAGCCCUCUGGGUGGCAGUUACAGGCCAACCAGUGGCCCUCUCCUGCCCAUGGCACUCGGGCUGUG